AUGCGACUUACAUGUGUUUCAGCUAUCGAGCCAAUUGAAGAGAACCCCGAAACGCUAGAUGCUGAAUCAGCUUCUGUUGCAAGCUAUCAACAAAGAUGUUUCAUCCUUGACGCUCUUGGCCUACACCGCGACCAGCUUUUGAGGACGCCAGAUGAGCACAAACGGAAUCCAAAUAAGUGGUGGUUGGACUUGGCCGAAAAUGACGACGCUCGCGAAAGAUUAUUCCACGUCCUCUCAGAGAAAAGAGUAAUCUGGAGCGGUAAAACGAGGAUAGCAAUAGGGAGAGCUUUGGAAGACCUUUGAAGGUAUCAUUUUGACCCUGAUAGGGCCAUGCUCCUUCCAUCAAAGAAAAAGCGUGUCAUGGUCGAAGGCAGCACUGUUACUAAAGAAGACGAAGUGAUCCAGAAGACUGAAACCGUCGAAGACGAAGUUGAAGUAGUCGAAGACUGAUGCUGUUCUCAUUCUUAGUCGUAGUUUUUUCGUAAUGUGUCGUUUUUGUGGUGUUUUCAAUCCUGUAAUUGCUGCUGACUGUGCAUAUCAUUUCCAUGUCAUUGUAAACUCUACUCGAGAAGAUCAUGCGGUAUUUGUUAAUAAAUUUUAUGAC